AUGGCUGACGACCAGGGCUUUCAAGUCAGAAUAGGAACCCGGAUCUCCUCCAACUUCGCAAAUUUUCAGGUACUCAACAUCCUGGGCAGUGGCUCCUACGGAGAGGUCGCAGAGUGCAGUAAUGUAUUCACUAAUGAAAAGGUUGCUAUAAAAAUCCUGAAAAAACAGAGACACACUGAGCAAGCCAAGAAAGAGGCAAAGAUCCUCAGAACUAUGAAGCACUCCAACUCAGAGAAGUUCAACAUUGUAGGAAUUAGAGACUCUUUCAGCUUCCUGGGACGUUAUUGUCUAGAAUUUGAAAAGCUGGACAUUAGUCUGUAUGAAUUCCUGCGGAGGAAUCCAUUAAAGUCUCUUGAAUUGGAGAAUAUUCGCCCCAUUGUGCAACAGUUGGCUACAGCUCUGAAUUUCCUGAGGAGCGUAGGAGUUGUUCAUGCGGAUCUGAAGCCUGCAAACAUCAUGAUGGUGGACCAUUUACGGCAGCCAUUGAAAAUAAAGGUCAUCGACUUUGGCUUAGCGUGUUUCAAAGAUGAGGCACGGACCGGUGCAAUUCUUCAGACCCUGUAUUACAGAUCUCCAGAGAUCCUCCUGGGGGCCCCCUUCAACGAGGCUAUUGAUGUUUGGUCUCUAGGCUGCAUCGCUGCGGAAAUGCUGAUGGGGAAAUUACUGUUUCCUGGCAGAAAUGAAUAUGAUAUGAUGAGACAUAUCUUCUACACCAUUGGGAAGCCACCAGACCAUCUGUUAAAUGCUGGACGCUUUACUCGGCAGUUUUUCAAAGAACAAUACCCAAGACAGUGGAGAUUUAAGUCUGAAGGGGGACAGUCUACUUGUAAUCUCUGCACGAUAAACAGCCUGAGUGACCUAAAAAAGGUGUCAAACCACCAUUCCGGGGUGCACGCAGCCGCACAUCAAUGUGAUGGAGCGAGCUUUGUCGACCUCGUAACAAAGAUGCUGAUGAUAGAUCCUGCUGAAAGAAUUACACCGAGGGAAAUCCUUCAGCAUCCAUUUAUGACAACGAGCCAUCCGGUUGGCAUGCUCAGUAACACCAACAAGAGCCCAGACACCACCUUGGCUAAAAGUACAAGGAAUGGCAGCAUGAAUGCAGCGAAGACAGAUGAACUGGACAACACAAAAGAAGCCCAGUCCAAAGCGACCCAGGUGGAACACCUGAAGAGGAGGAGGCCUGAAGACGAGGAUUCAGGCUCUCACAAGAGGAGGAUGACAGUCUACAUGCUGGAGAAGGGUGAACCUUCCAGACAGCUGACUUCACUUCCCUCCACCAGCUGGACCUUCAACCCUAUCAACAGUUACCCUGCUGGGCUGAGUGCGGUGGAGAAACCCUCAGCCCAGAAUGACGCUGAUCCAUGCUCUACCUCGAGGAGGCCCAGCAAUGAGGCUUCUACCUCUGAGCAGAGAAAGAUGACGGACUACAUUAAGGAGAAGGGUGACCCUUCCAGACAGCUAACAUCACUUCCCUCCACCAGCUGGACCUUCCACUCUCACAGUGGUCACCCUGCAGAGCUGGACAAGAAGAAGCAAACCGCAGUUCAGACCACCAUCAUCAGCAAGGACAACAGUUCAAUGCUGAAGAGAAAAUGGGAUGGUGCUGAUGAUAUUGCUGGUCCAUGCUCUACCUCAGAAGGCAGCUUCCCUCCAAAGAAGAGGAGUGUGAUACUCCAGGAGGAGCUGAAGAAGAGGAAUCCGAGUGAUGGGGCUUCUGCCUCUGUGAAGAGAAAGAUGACGGUCUGCAUGAUGAAGAAGGGUGAACCUUCCAGACAGCUGACUUCACUUCCCUCCACCAGCUGGACCUUCAACCCUAUCAACAGUUACCCUGCUGGGCUGAGUGCGGUGGAGAAACCCUCAGCCCAGAAUGACAAUGAUCCAUGCUCUACCUCGAGGAGGCCCAGCAAUGAGGCUUCUACCUCUGAGCAGAAAAAGAUGACGGACUACUUUAAGGAGAAGGGUGAACCUUCCAGACAGCUGACGUCGCUUCCCUCCACCAGCUGGACCUUCCACUCUCACAGUGGUCACCCUGCAGAGAUGAGCAAGAAGAAGCAACCCGCAAUCCAGACCACCAUCAUCAGCAAGGACAACAGUUCAAUGCUGAAGAGAAAAUCGGAUGGUGCUGAUGAUAUUGCUGAUCCAUGCUCUACCUCAGAAGGCAGCUUCCCUCCAAAGAAGAGGAGUGUGAUACUCCAGGAGGAGCUGAAGAGGAGGAGGCCCAGUGAGUCCCCAGACUGGUCUGCAUGA